GUCCGUAUCGUUCUACAAUAGGAACUGAGCUGUACUUGACGACAUCACAGCUCAGCUUAGUUUUUACUGCCAGCCCCCUUAAUUUAACUGUGAUUAAUAUUUGCAGUGGAAAAACAUUACAUUAAGAUUUCUUUAAGAAAAAAAAUGCGCCUGCCUAGACGACGCAGAAUAGAUGCUGAGUUUGUUACACAUACAGACACUGAUAGCAGUGCAGAGCCUAUCACUGCUACAUGUAACCAGGGUAACCAAUUAUGCAGUCAAAAGGGACCAGACACUUAAAUCUUAGUGAAAGGCCAUAAAACUGUCCCAGUUUUCUCAACAGUGGACAGAGUUAAUGAGCCUGCGCAGUAUCUGUGGCUGUUUUAUCAUCCAAGGAUUUAUUACUGUGUCAUUCUGUGACCUGAACAGGAUGUUUAAUUGAUGCCGCCACCAUGUCACUGGUGCUAGAACUAACUGCCACGUUUCAAAACACUGUCCCUUUGUCAUGAACUGACCUUUGCUGCAAAUUCAAGUGCAGACUAAAAUUAGGGCUGAAAAAUACCUGCUAUCACCCUGCGGCAGCAGUCGUGUGGUGUUGUAAGAAUGAGGACCCAAAACGUUGGCACUGGCUGUGAUGCGAGCGAGCUUUAUUGCAGACGGUGUACACAACAAAAACGAGGGAAAAACCAAAACAAAACCUGAACUGGGAACAACUAAAGAACACCUCUCUAUGACUUUCAUAGAGAUAAGGUACCGCUGUACCAGACUCAGCGCCUGAAGAGAUGGCUGAGCAGGUUUUGAUGAUGAAUCUACUGGAUGACACAUUAGUUGACAUUGCACAGAUCAAACGUUGGACAGCUAAGGAUGUCUUAUUGCUGCAAGUUCGUGAGUACACCUUAAAAGGCUGGCUUGUUCAGACCGGGGCCUGUUUCAAGCCAUAUCGACAGAGAAAGCUGGAACUGAGUGUGAGGGAUGAUUGCGUGCUCUGCUGAGCCCGACUAAUUAUUCCCACCAAAGACAGAGACAAAAUAUUGAAACUCCUGCACCAGACUCAUACAGGCAUGUCGAAGAUGAAAGGCUUGGCAAGGUCUUAUGUAUGGUGGCCUGGGAUGGAUGAGAACGUUGAAAUGGAAGUGCAGGCAUGUGAGGAGUGUCAGAAACACCACAAGUCUCCACCUACGGCACCAUUACACCCUUGCGAAUGGCCGGAGUCACCAUAGUCCAGGAUCCAUGUGGACUAUGCAGGGCCUUUCCUCGGGGAGAUAUUUCUAAUCAUAGUGGAUGCUCCUUCCAAGUGGAUGGACAUUUACCCUGUGAAAUCCUCUACAUCACAGGUGACUAUAGAGAAACUGCGACAGAGUUUCGGUGUGUUUGGACCACCUAAAAUGUUAGUUUCAGACAAUGGAACAUGUUUCACAAGUGCUGAGUUUGAGUCAUUCAUGAAGCAGAAUGGCAUUGACCAUGUGAGGUCAGCACCUUUCCAUCCUUCUUCCAGUGGGUUGGCUGAGAGGGCGGUCCAGUCCCAGGAGGGGAUGAAGAAAGUAAAAGCUGAUACCUUGCAAACCAGACUGUCCCAAUUUCUGUUCAGUUAUCGCAUCACACCGCAUGCCACUACUGGUUUAUCACCUGCAGAGUUGAUGAUGUCACUGAGACAGCAGAUAUUUUCAGCAGAUAUUUAUGAAUGCUAAUUAAAAGAUAAAAUGAUCUUGCAGGCCGACAGGUUAACCCAGAAAUGUUUCCAAGUGGAGAUCAGGAACCAGCUUAUGAGCCUAUUGGUGGACUCUGGGACUUACUGAACAAUCUUUAUGUUGCUCUCUAUGAUAUCAUUUUUUGGAGGCUGAAUGAGCUAUUAGAUUAAAUGGAGGCACGAUAUGAUGAGGACUUUGACAAUAUCAUUGAGAACAAUGUAAACAUUCUCAAUAUUAAUGUGAGAGACAAUAAUGCCAAUGUUGACCACAAUGAACUGCAUGAUGAUCAUAAUGCUGUUGUUGUUGUUGUUGGCAUUGAAAGUGAUGAUUCUGAUGAGGCAUUUGAAGACUGUGUGGAUGUUCACCAGUACAUCCCAGAAGAGGAUCCUCAGCCGGCUGUAUCCAGGAGGAGGUCUAGAGAGAUGGAUGAAGAAGAUGUGGAACCAAACAAAAGAAUCAGAUGGAGCGAGGAGUUUUCUGAUGAUGACUCUGACUUCAUCUCUGCUUGAGACACUGAUAGCGAGGGCUGUCCUCACGUUGGUAAUAUUGCUGAUGAGGACAUCAAUCAGCAGGUAACAGAAGAAGAACCGCUGCCUGGUGGAUCCACGAAAAGGUCCAGAAAAGAAGAUGUAGAUGAAGAAGAGCGUAACAGCAAAAAAUCCAGGCUUGCAAACUCUGAUUCGGGGACUAGCUCAACUGUCUUUUCCUCAUCUUUUCCUUGUUUUGAUGUAAGAAUUCCAGGAUCCAGAAUUCAAAAAUAUGUAAAUAAGAAAAUAUUUAAAUUGAUUUUUUCUGAGCAACACAAUCAAACCUCUAAGAUGUCACCAGAAGGCUUCAGAUCUCUUUCACCUGUGCUGAACAGGUGAAUAGAAAUAAUUUUGCCAUCUUUUGUCUGCAAUAGAGAGGACAAUCCAGGGCCUCUGGGUCUGUUCCACUUAUUGUGUAUGAACUGAUACAUCAGGGCAACAUGGGUGUUCCCCUUCCCAGAGGUUUAAGAUGUCAAGGCAGUGGACAGUAUGAUGCGAUGGGCUAUUGUACCCAGAGGGGUGGAGAAAUCCAGGUAGAGUUGGAGGAGAAGAAAGCGACAGAAGCUGCUCGAGAAAUAAAGUUUUACCUUGUGAGGAAAGAGCAGAGAAAGAGAAGGAUCUGGAGGUGGCAAGCCCACACUCUCUACCCCAUUUCAGACUUAAACAGGACCAGCGGACUCAGAAAUAUGAGGUUUUCACUUCUGUGGCUGUUCAGUCUAUUUGCAGUGCUGGAUUGCUGCGGUGCAGUUGAUCUGAGGGACUGUGAGGAAGCAGGCAGCAAAUGUAACCCCAACGCUGACUGUAUAAGGAUCAGUAACACCUUUACCUGUGCGUGUAGAAUGGGCUACCAGGGCGAUGGUCUGACCUGCAGCGACAUCGACGAAUGUGGCAGUGGCCUGAACAACUGCCACAAACAGGCAGACUGCACCAAUACCUUAGGCAGCUAUAACUGUGUCUGCCGCAGUGGAUACACUGGAGAUGGUACAACCUGCGAGGACGUAGAUGAGUGUCAAAGAGACAACGGGGGUUGCCAUGAAUAUGCCCUUUGUACUAACUUUGAGGGAGGACGAAAAUGCCAGUGCAAAAGUGGCUUUACUGGUAACGGCUUUCAGUGUACUGAUAUUAAUGAAUGCACAACACCGAAUAUUUGCCAUUGGAACGCCACCUGCACCAACACCCCAGGGUCUCACGUCUGUGCCUGUAAUCCUGGUUAUAAGGGCAAUGGAAAGUACCUAUGUCUGGAUGUAGAUGAAUGCUCAGAGACUCCAAACGUGUGUCCUUCUGGACAUGGCUACAGAGGUUGUAGAAACCUGCCUGGAUCCUACAGUUGCAUAUGCAGCCCUGGCUUUGAAAAUAUUGGAAAGAAUUGUGUGGACAUCGAUGAAUGUGCCGCUAGCACCUGCAGCCGUUUUGCAGAUUGUGAAAACAGCUUAGGGUCAUACACGUGUACUUGCAAAAGUGGCUUUGCUGGGAAUGGGCUGACAUGCGUAGACAUAAACGAAUGCAAUGGAAACAAUGCAUGUGACCCCAGGGCGGUGUGCAUCAACAGGAUGGGCAGUUAUGAGUGCUCUUGUCCAGUUGGUUUUCUUGGAAACGGAAGACAGUGUAACGACAUAAAUGAGUGUGAAAGAACUAACAUCUGUCCUUCUACCACUACCUGUGUGAACACUGGUGGCUCGUACUACUGUGACUGUGGCCGCGGCUUUAUCUUUAAUAACUCCCAGUGCACUGACGUGGAUGAGUGCGUGCCCGGCCGCUGCAGCCCCUACGCAACCUGCACGAAUUCACCUGGGUCCUUCUCUUGUCAGUGCUUGGAGGGAUACAGGGGGAACGGUUUUACCUGUGAGGAUGUGGAUGAAUGCUCGCAGGCUAAGCAGUGCCACACCAGUGCUCUGUGCAUUAACCUUCCAGGCUCCUACAACUGUACUUGUCAGGUGGGUUAUUCUGGAGAUGGGAUACAGCAAUGCAGGGAUAUAAAUGAGUGUUUGGUGGAUAACGGAGGUUGCAGAAACAAAGCUACGUGUGUCAACAAUCAGGGAUCCUUUUCAUGCCUGUGUCAGCCUGGCUACGUCUUGAUUAACCGUACCCUUUGCCAGGAUAUAAAUGAGUGCAAGGAAUUGAAGAAUCCCUGUGGCGUGAAUGAAGAGUGCAAUAACACCGACGGGGCGUACCAGUGCCCAUGCCGGGUUGGGUACUACCGCCCUGGUAGCAACAUGAAUUGCAUCGAUAUUGAUGAGUGUAAAGACAACCCAUGUCAUGUCCAUGCCACGUGUAUCAACACGCAAGGCUCAUACACCUGCACCUGCAAGAGUGGCUUUGUAGCAAACGGCACUCAGUGCGUGGAUGCAGACGAGUGUUCUCAGAAGGAUAUAUGCCACGCACGAGCAAACUGCACUAACCUAAUAGGGAACUUCUUAUGCACUUGUCAGGAGGGUUUCAGGGGCGAUGGCUUCUUCUGUCAGGACGUGGACGAAUGCUCCAUCUCUAAUACAACCUGCCCCGCUUUCUCAACAUGUAUCAACUCGGCCGGUUCUCACGUCUGCUCAUGUUUGAAUGGUACAGUGGCCUUUAAUAACACUUGUGUGCCACCCAGCCCACUGUGUGACCCUGCGUGCCACAGUCGCGGCCUGUGCCACCGUUCACCAACUGGAUACCAGUGCGUUUGUGACCUGGGCUACACGGGCAAUGGACUGACUUGCUCCGACAUAGACGAGUGCCAGAGGGAAAAUGUUUGUCCUCAAAAUGAAAUGGAGUGUAAAAAUAUCCCUGGAUCAUUUUCCUGCACCUGCAAACAGGGCUACACUCUCAAUGGAACUCAGUGUGUCGAUGUGAACGAAUGUGAGACAGGUCAACAGGAUUGCAGUGAAUUUGCUAAGUGUGUCAACACAGUGGGCAGCCAUUCCUGUUUCUGUCUCAGCGGUUUUACGGGUGAUGGAAAAAACUGCUCUGAGGGAAAUCUGUUUCCCUAUGGAGAUGAUGUCGGGGAUAAUGAAGUAAACAUAGACACAGAAGAUGGAAAUUCUCCAUAUAUCACACCACCAAUGGGCUUCCCCUUCAUGGGGAAAUUGUACGACAGAAUUUAUUUUUCUGAUAAUGGGCUUGUCCAGUUUCAAUCUGUUGUUGAGAAUGAGCAGUAUCUCCUCCCGUCUCCUUUCGCCAGUGGUUUCCCUGACCACAUGAACUUGACUUUGUUAGCUGUGUUCUGGGAUGAUGCAGACCUCACUCAAGGGAAUGGACGGCUCCUCUAUCAGGAAUACCACACACGGAAUGUGUCAGAUGUCUACUCCCAGGUAGUGGUUAAUCGUACGGCUGAGGAAGUAACAAAAUUUGAGCGCCUGAAAAACAAGCCAGCUUUUACCCCUGCCUGGAUCCUCAAAAUCACCUGGGACGAUGUGAUGCCUGUCUCCUUCCAGAAGGUCAGCUUCUCAGAGAGCAACACUUUCCAGUGUAUCCUGACCACAGACGGAGCGCGUUCCUUUGCCCUCCUGCGAUACGGGGAGAUGAAAUGGGGCCCAGGUCAGAGAAAAUACCACGAUGCUCUUAUCGGCUACACAAAUGGAAAGCUGUCUAUCAAGGAAAUCCCAGUCCCUCCUGAAAACCUCUUUGGCCCUGGGGGAAGAUACAGGCCUCAGCAAGUGAAAGGAACCAUGGGGAACUUAGGCCAGCUGGUCUAUGAUUUGACAGGACCGACGGGGUCAGACGUAGAUCCCGGCUUCAGGUGCCAGGAGUGGGCAGUGAUGGAGCCUGAUCCUGAUGAGUGGACAAAAGGGCUGCCUGCCUGUCCCUGCACACGGAACCAGGUUCUGGAGGAUCUGUUAUUUAUGCAGGAUACAUCUGUGCCUAGUCCAACUGUGGUGAAGCUGAGGGGUCAGCGGUGGGGGAGUGCACAGGGGCAGACCUUCCGCUCAGUCCUGUCCAAUAUAUAUGGCUCAGGGAAGAGGUGUGUGUAUGAACCUGAUGGUGCCCUGCUAGCUGGAUACAAUGAGCGCUACUUCUCUGGAUACAGCAUACAGAAACAUAUUGAUGACGAUCUCCUGCCCUUUCAGUGGUGUUGUAUGGAGUCUCCACUUUGCCACUUUUACCUCGACAAGAGGCCGCUGGACCGCUGUCAAGGUUACAGCUGGACUAGACCUGACGGCUUCACCCAAUCCAAGAAGGUGACACAGGGUAUAGCAAUGGUGUAUGGCAGCCUCCAUUUCAUCACCUUCGAUGGGAGAACGUACUCCUUCAAGGCCCUGGGAGAGUUUGUGAUAUUGCGUCUCUCAUCUGCCACCGGCUCUAAUAUCUUCACCCUGCAAGGACAGAUUGACAGGCUACACCCAGACGUGAACAGGAUCACUGAAGUCCCAGCGGUGGUGCGCAUGGCUGCCUUCUACCAAGGCAUUGGCAAGAUUGAAUGGAGGAGUUCAGAGAAGGACAGCAGACUGCGAGUUUUGGUGGAUGACGUUGAAGUCCCAGUCACCGUUGGUCUUGUACAUGCCAGUAAGAAUAACUUUGCAGUGCGCUGUACCGAACUGCAACGCUGCGCGGCUGUGUAUGCCAACGGCCUCCACGUGGUGGUGUGGCGAAGUGGGGGUAGCAAUCAGCUGUGCGCCUUAGUGGAGGUUCCUGAGACCUUCUUCAACCGCACCGUGGGUCUCAUGGGCCUCUGGAGCGCCAACCCCUCUGAUGAUUUCCUCAUGUCCGAUGGCAAGGCCAUUCGCUCGACGGAUGUCAGCACCCCUGCAGAGGAACAACUGCAUCUCUUUGGUUUGUCCUUUUGUCUGAAGCACAACUCCAAAUGA